GGGGUCACAGUUUCACCCGCGGCAGGCUCACAGGCCUCUGGCCCAGGACGCCCCCUCCCACGGCCUGGGUCCCAGUUUCCCGCCAAGGUCCCUCCUCCGAGAUCCGUGGCCCCUCCUCCCGAGCCAUGGUGCCCGCCCCGGGCGCUCCAGGCCUAUCCCGGGAAUGCCCCGGGCCCAGAGUCUCGGCGCCCACACAGACCCCGUCACUUUUGCGGAAGGCCUCGGACAGCUCACAGCCCUGCUCUUCGACCACCUGCCAGCUCUUCUCGCGGCCGCAGACCGCGAGCUCAGGGGGAGACCGGCCGCCACUGCGCCAGUCCGGGUGGGGCGGGAUGGCGACCGCCGCGUUGCUGGAGGCCGGCCUGGCCCGGGUGCUCUUCUACCCCACGCUGCUCUACACGCUGUUGCGCGGGAAGAUGCCUGGCCGGGGACACCGCGACUGGUACCACCGCAUCGAUUCCACGGUGCUGUUGGGCGCGCUGCCGUUGCGGAACAUGACGCGCCAGCUGGUACAGGACGAGAACGUGCGCGCGGUGAUCACCAUGAACGAGGAGUAUGAAACAAGGUUCCUGUGCAACUCCCCACAGGAAUGGAAAAGAGCAGGAGUUGAGCAGCUGCGGCUCAGCACAGUAGAUAUGACCGGGAUUCCCACCUUGAACAACCUCCAGAAAGGAGUGCAGUUUGCUCUUGAGUACCAGUCGUUGGGCCAGUGUGUCUACGUGCAUUGUAAGGCUGGGCGCUCUAGGAGUGCGACUAUGGUGGCAGCAUAUCUGAUUCAGGUGCACAACUGGAGUCCAGAAGAGGCUGUAAAAGCCAUCAGCGAGAUCCGGUCACACAUCCACAUCAGACCUGGUCAAUUGGAUGUUCUAAAAGAAUUCUACAAGAUUACUGUAGAGACAGCCAAGGAUGAGACAUGUGACAUAUCAAAAACAUGAAUUACGUGGAUUAGAAAGAACUCAAUGUGACGUGAAUCCCCUGGUCAGGAAAAAGAAGGAAGACAACCCUGCUUAACAUAGAAUAAAAAAUUUUAACAGGACCUAAGGGCCUUAGGUCCAAAUUUGACAUAACAGAAAUAUGCUAAUAGCUAAUUUUGUUUCUUCUGUCUUGUUUCAUUUUCCUGAAGUUACACUGUUGUGUAGCUAGAGAGGAGGAGAUUUAGUGUGGCUUAUAUUUAUAGCAUAGAGGAUAGUGAUGGGGGUAUUUUACUUUCUUGAUCAGGGCCAUGGAAUUACUAAUUUUAACAAAAAUCUAUUGUGCAUCUAAUAUCGUGCCUGAUGAUAUACAGCACUGUUAACUCAAAAAAAGUUAACACUUGAAAACAAGAGGAAUAACUGAUGUCUGGCUUUUUGCCACUGUCAGAAAUCCCAAUUUCAGCUGGGUGUGAUGACCCAGACCUGUAAUCCCAGGACUUUGGGAGGGUGAGGUGGGAGGAUCACUUGAGGCAAGCCUGGGCAACAAAGGCCAACAUUUACUCUCUAAAAAAAAAUUUUUUUAAACUUAGCCAGGCAUGGUUGACCCAUGCCUAUAGUCUAAGCUACACAGUAGGAACACUUGAACUCAGGAGUGAGACUACUGUGAGCUAUGAUUGCACCACUAUACUCCAAAAUGGGUGACAGAGCCUCAUCUCUUAAGAAAAAAACAAAAUCCAAUUUUGCCCUGUGGGGUUCCCCCCACACUUUUAUUAUUAUUAUUAUUAUUAUUUUGCAGUUUUGAAACUGGCGGGUUUGAACCUGCCAUCUCCAGUAUAUGGGGCUCGUGCCCUACUCCUUUGAGCCACAGGUACCACCCGUCUCACACUUUUUUUUAUUUGAUUUUUGUUGCUGUUUUAGCUGGUAGGGGUCAGGUUCGAACCCACCACUCUCGGUAUAUGGGGCCAGCGCCCUACCUAUGAGCCACAGGCACCGCCCCCCUAUCACACUUUUAAAGCAGUGAUCCUUAGCCGGGCGUGUGGCGGGCAUCUGUAGUCCCAGCUACUCGGGAGGCUGAGGCAAGAGAAUAGCUUAAGCCCAGGAGUUGGAGGUUGCUGUGAGCUGUGUGAGGCCACGACACUCUACCGAGGGCCAUAAAGUACGACUCUGUCUCUACAAAAAAAAUAAAUAAAUAAAGCAGGGAUCCUGGCUCAUGCCUAUAAUCCCAGCACUCUGGGAGGCUGAGGUGGGUGGAUUGCUUGAACUCAGGAGUUUGAGACCAGCCUGAGCAAAAUCGAGAUCCUGUCUCUAAAAAUGGCUGGGUAUUAUGGGUGCCUAUAGUUGCAGCUACUUGGGAGGCUGAAGGAAGGGGAUUGCUUGAGCCCAAGAGUUUGAGGUUGUUGUGAGCUACAAUGGUGCCACAGCACUUUACUAAGGGCAACUGAGUAAAACUGUCUCGAAAUAAAAAAACAAAAGAUGGUGGCGCCUGUGGCUCACAGGAGUAGGGCACCGGCCCCAUAUACCAGAGGUGGUGGGUUCAAACCUGGCCAGGCCAAAAACUGCAAAAAAAAA